AUGAUACUUGAUGGAUUAUGGUUAAGCGCAGCAUCCGAAUUCAUGAUUAAAUUUUCAUAUUAUCCAAUUGAUUUUCGUAAUUUCAGUACUUUAAUCGAAUUAAAAUCAAAUUCUUCCGAUACAUUAAUUCAAAUACCAUAUCAUUUUGAAUUCAAAAUAUCAACACUUGAAACAACGCCACAUGCAUUAAUUGAUAUCGGUUCAAUUUUACUACAUGGUCGAAAUUAUAAUUCAUCAAUAACAAUAAAAAAUAAAAUUGAUAUUGUUAGUCAAUGUGAUCCAGUAAUGACAAUUGAUGGGAAACUUUCAAAUCGUCUAACAAAAAUUCUAAUUAUUGGACAUUUAAUGAAUGAUCAACAAGAUGAUAAAUUUGAUCACGCUAAUAAAAGUCAUUGGGAUGAUUUACAAUUGAUAUCAUCACAAUGGCUUCAUCAAUUCUAUUCAAAUUCUAAAAAAUUAUUCUUCAUUAGUACAGAUCACCGCUAUUGCUUAUAUAUGUAA